AUGAUACGCUACCUCACCCUCGCCGAACUCCCGCGGAGGGAAAAGGAAAAGGUGAUGCUGCUGCUUGCUGCGGCGGAGAACACAGAGUGGCGCCCUGUUCAUGACCCCCACCACCGUUUUUGCGUGGAGUGGCAGGUGAGCUCUAGCCAUCCCGCAUUGUCCUUCUUGUCUCUGCGGCAGCUGCGGUCCGUGCAGAAGGGCCCGUCUCCGUCGCUCCGUGGCCUCAGCUCUGGCCGCAAUCGUCGUGAAGACGGCCCACCGUCGGUGCUGCGCGCGGCCGCGCGGGCGCAGGGAAGGUCGUUCGUACAGAAGGAAUUUCCCCAUGCCAGCGGCGUGGGGGCGGAGGACAUUAGUCCAUUGACGAUUGACUGGAACAACGACAGUGCCAGUGUCGUGGACCCAACCCCCAGUUCCAGUCUCUCGUAUUCGUUUCUCCACACCCUCUCACCCAGCACCGCCCAACAGCCGCGAAGACGAGUAGGUGCUGUAAGCUGCACGUCCGCAAAAGCCUGCCGUAGCCGAAGUCAGGGUUCAGUGGAACGUACUCCUUUUGUGAAAGCACGGUCAACGUUUCUUCGCCGACAGUUUACGCCGCAACGGUCAAUCUCCGCCCCGCGUACAGGUUCCUUGGGGCGGCAGGGCCUUCUUGGAAACAGUGGCAAAAGGCAAGGUGAGCCCACCGCAGUGCCUGGCCCAAAUGCAUCUACCACCACAAAACCGACCCCCGCCACGCCUCUGCGUUCCGCUCAAUGGGUAUCGCGUCUGGUGGAGGACAUUAUGAGUUAUGUUGCCAAGAUGAAUGCAGUUGAUCACCAACAAGUACGCUCUGUCGCCUCGCUGACGGUGAGAGUCCUGAAGGCUCGCUAUGGGGCGCUUCAAUGGAAUCGUGUGUUGAAGGAACUUGCGGAGGGCCUGCAAAGAUAUCAUGAUGUUAGUUCGCUUUGCCGUGUAUUUCGGGAACUUUUUUUGGAUGAGUCAGACGCCGCCUUGGAAGAUUUUUGUCUUUUUUCACGUCUUCACCGGGCGGCCAUGAAGUACGGCACAGUGGAAACGCAGAAGGUUUCCCUUCCACUGGAGGAGGCGGACAGCAGUGCCUCUCGCUCACUCAUCCAGAGCACUAUAGUGUUGCGCCGUUACGUUGAACUUCGCCUGCUGACGUCAGUCCUCAACGACAUGCUUGCCGCCGUGACGCUCACGGACCGGAAAGACAUCGACAGCUUCACCGUGAUGCGCCGAAGAAAACUGAAGCCGGCUGAAGUGGUUGGCGUGAAGACAAUAGUUGCCUAUUGGGUCGAGGAGGAGUCAUGCAAGCCGGAAUCGUUGGCGUUUGACCUUGGGGGCUUUGUGGACCUGCACGAGGUUCUGGCCGUCGUCGUCGCGGCCUUGGGCUCGGUGCGGCGCCGCAGCCCCGUCAGGGGUGGUCUCAGUGCUCCCAGGAAGACUCGCUGCGACGAGUGCAACGAUGAACCGCAGGGAAGUUUCACCGCCCCGAGGGAGGGGUCUGCGAUUGAGCACGUUCAUCGCUUUGCUUACGCAGAGCAGGCGCGUUUAAUUAUGCAGGUGCGGGCCUCUGAGGCGACGAGCCCGGUGAGUUUGACGUCAGCAACGCCAGCAGCUGCAGCAGAGACGCCCGACCCGGUCAGGCCUUCUGCAAGGGGCUCCCACGCCGCCUCUGCGAUGCGGAGAGAAGUGCCCGUCUGCGUGCCAGCCACGGAGCGCCAUGGGCCACGUGGGGAGCGUCAGGAGGUGCAUCAAGAGAUGCCGGAGGGGCUGGAUAAGGCGUCGUCCGCAAAGGAAGUUUCUCACGUCUGCGCAGCGGCGAAUAGAUCUGGCGACGCAAAUGGGCUUAGAGACUCCACGCCGCCGCCUGAUGCUGUGGUUCCUCCUCCGCCCCCCACACCAAGGCGGGUGCCGGGUGAGCCUCUCGUGGUCGAUUUGGACCAUAGACCGCCCCCAUCGGCGAACACGAAGGCCCCGCCCCGGUUGACACGGGCCGCGGCAACAAGCAAGUGUGAGAUGGGUGCCAAUAAGACGGAGGAGGGGACACAGCCGCAGCAGUACUUUGCUGCCUUGGCCGCCAUUGACGCGGAGCUGCAGAGGCGCCGCGAGGUACUCAAGUCCACCGUCGCAUUUGGCCCCACCGCACGCGACACGCCUUGCGACCUCCGUUCCCCGACGCAGUCUUCUGCAACAGAUUUGCCGUGUCACGCAGAGGAAACCGCGACGCAGACCUCGGAUGCCGAAUUCACCCCCGGUCAUCAUGAAACGGGCACGAGGGAGUCCGCUUGGGAGGCGGAGGCGACUAGGCUUGAGGAGCAGCUGGGGCCCUCCCAGCCACCAGCCCACACCAGCACGUUUGGCGACCUUGUGUCUCCUCCACUCGCCGUCCAGCCCACACCCAGCUCCAUCCUGCUGCCGUCCAAGCACCGGCCUCUGGAGAGGCUUCAGGGACGGUCGGACGAGGGGGAGGAGGACAGAGUCACCAGGGAUGAUUUGGCGAUGUUGACUCCGGAGGAGCAGCAUCUCCUGGCGGAUCUUCGACGGGCGCUGAAUCGAAAAAAGUAG